GAAGCGGCGCAGCCUGCAGAGGCGGCAGGUCGGAGCACCGGGAUGAGCCGGUGCGUGGUGGUGGGGGGAUGAGAGGGGGGCAGUGGGAGUGACCGAGGAAACGCGGAGGAGAGGAAGGAAAGAGGAAACACGUCGAGGCACAACACAGCGCUGAAAAGAGCUCCGGCUUCUAGGAGCCACCGCUGUCUUCUGGAGGAUCCUUUCCUGCAGGACGUCUAUUGUCCGGACAGAGCCGCGGGGAAACCCAUGCUAAGCUCAGGGAGAAUGGAGGAAUUCGUAACCGAAGAGGAAGAGCCAUGGUACGACCAGCAGGACCUGGAGCAGGAUCUCCACUUGGCAGCAGAGCUGGGAAAGACUCUGUUGGAGAGGAACAAAGAGCUGGAGGACUCUCUGCAGCAAAUGUACAUCACCAAUGAAGAGCAAGUGCAAGAGAUCGAGUACUUGUCAAAGCAGCUGGAGGUUCUUCGGGACAUGAACGAGCAGCAUGCCAAAGUGUACGAGCAGCUGGACGGGACAGCCAGAGAGCUGGAACGCACCAACCACACGCUGGUGAUGGACAGCAAGUCCUCGCAGCAAAAGAUCGAGAGGUUAACGGGGACUAUUGAGACUUUGCAGAACCAGGUGGAGUCUCUGUCAGGGCAGGUGGAGCAGCUUCGCUCCAUGGAGCAACUGCGGGUCAGGAGGGAGAAGAGAGAGCGACGCAAGACCAUCCACUCAUUCCCUUGCCUGAGGGAGCUUUGCACAGCACCCAGGUAUGAGGAUGAGUUUGUAGUGGGCAGGGCUGAAAGUUUUACUAUGGAAGCCAAGCGUCAGCCAUUUGAAGAAGAGAACCAGCACCUGAGGGAAGCGGUGUCGGCUCUGAGAGCUGCUGUCCGGGCCGAGAGGAGUCGCAGGGAAGGGGUGGAGAGGGAGUGCAACCUCCUGAUAUCGGAGUUCUCCCGGCUGCAGACACGGGUGCAGGAUGCUGAGAGCUGCCAGGCGAGAGUGCGGGAGCUGGAGGUGGAGCUGCAGGAGCUGCAGCAGCUGCGCCGAGCUCGAACUUUCCUGCUGAGCGGUGAGGAUGAUGGCGUGGCUCUUACCCAGACUGUCCUCAGUAUCACCCCGGAGACCGACACCUUUUUGGAAGUGGAGGUCGGGGAGACGGGAGGAGGCGUCAGGGAGGAGACAGCAGGUGGAGGAGGUGUUGGAGGUGAGGCGUUACCUGAUUCCAGUCCUGUGAGGAAAAGCUGCAGCGACACAGCGCUCAAUGCCAUCGUGGCCCGGGAUGCGUCCGGCAGAAGGAGAGGCAGCUACGCUCUGCACGCCAAUAGCGUGAGGAAAAGAGGGAUGUCCAUCCUAAGAGAGGUGGAUGAGCAGUACCACGCCCUGCUGGAGAAGUACGAGGAGCUGUUGGGGAAGUGUCGACGACACGAAGAGAGCCUAUGUCACGCCGGUGUCCAGACUUCCCGGCCCGUCUCCAGGGACCCGUCUAUGAAAGACUGUGCCAUGGGCCCCAUCGUGGCACCUCCCCCUACUCCCACCCAAUCGCCGUCCACCCCUGAAGCCAUCGAGAGCAUCAGCAAACAGGUGGAGGCGGUGGAUAAGCGGCUGGGGCAGAACACUCCAGAGUACAAAGCCCUUUUUAAGGAGAUCUUCUCUCGUAUCCAGAAGACUAAGAUGGACAUCAAAGCUACCAAAGCUGCGAAAGCUAGCAAACCUGGUAAAUCUGGUAAAUCUAGUAAACACUAAAUUUACACCGACUGGCUCUAGAGACGGUGGCAUCAUUGCUUGUUCAGUGUUAGGUUGCGAAGGUGCCCGGUGCGAACAUUCUUAUAGAGGGUGCUACUUUUAAAACCACUAAAUUGAAUUAUGGUUCAGGUUGACUGAGGUCACGUCAGACUCUUGUGAUCGAGAGCUGAAACCUUCUGAUUUGCAUGCGAUCAAUCUGUAAAAGUUGAAGAACUUAAGCAUAAAAACAAACAAUUUCAUUUCAGCCUGGUCCAAAGUCUGUUCUGGCUUCACUGCCUUACUAACUAUACUUAAAACACUAUUACACAGCUUGUGGGCCUGACCAGUACACCAAAAGCUAAAGUUUCACAAAAACUAAUAAAACUGCAUAUCUGAGAGAAACACGAGUACAAAUCAAUGUCUGUCAUGUGUUGCUUUUAACAUAGAGAACUAAACUAGCAUUUCUGUGAUUAUAAUAGGACAAAGAUUGAUUCCUCACCUCACAAGCCAAGGAUGUCAAGGAUGACCUGGAGGUGCUACUUUUACUAAUAUCACUAGUCACAUUAACUCUAGUGAAGCAUUUUUGUCUGGAUGAGAUUCCUCCUUCCUGUGUGUGACCUUACUUUGGCUUAGUGAAAGUUUACGGGGCUUCGCCUUCAAUAGUUUGAGAUUUUGGGAAAGUGAUGAAAAGAUCCAUACCAGUGCUGCGUUUGUAUGGUUACUAUGAAGCCACUGCUCAUUUAACAUAAACACUAACCCGACUCUUGUCAUAACAAGUUGUGGGUUUUGGGGUCAUUUUUGCCCAGGAGCAAAAGUGUUGUGAAUGAAUAUAAUACAGAGAUUACUGACUGAUACUGGAUUAUUGUUGCUAAUACUAGGUAGUAAAAUAAUUAUCUUUAUACUGGGUGAUAUUCUUUAUCUUUCAGUCUUCUACAUUACUGAGUGCACUCAAAACCUAUAGCUGGCCAGUUGCCUUGCUAGCAGGUCAAAAGCAGAGAUGAGCACUAGUGAAAUGACAGUUAUGUUGAAAGUGUUUGAAACGUUGGGGUCACUUUUUAUUUUUUUUAUUAAUUCUCAAGCAAUACAUUUCACACACUGGCUUUUGUCCAGCUGACACUAACAUAGCUGGUAGCUGCCAAAAUCCAUUUAUAUAAGAUAAGAUUAAGUAGCCAUUUGGACAACAUUGCAUAUAUCCACAGUUUGUAUAGCAUAGAUCAGCAUAUAUACAACUAGUACUUGUUUAAGAUUUUAUUUGAACGUAACACGGUGCAGGUACUGCAGACAGGGUUUCUAGUAUGUGAUAAAACAUUAAAACAAAAAGGCCAGAAGGGUCCAAAAUUAAGGCUGCAAAAGCAAGUCAGUCCCCCUAAACUCUGAUGGAAAAAUGCCCACCUCUGGAGGAAAUAAACAUGUUUACAAUUUGGUACUAAAACCCAUUUUGGUCUGCUCUUCAGCCACAGUGGAUCAUCUGCCUCGAUCUCUCACCCUGUCCCUAGCACCCUCUUCUGUCACACUAACCAUCUGCAUGUCCUCCGUCACUGUGUCCAUGAAUAUUCUCUGUGCUCUUCCUCCUUUCCAACCUGGCAGCUCCAUCUUCAGCAUCCUUUGUCCACUAUUACGCCUUUCUGUCUGUACAAACCUUAUCAGCCUUACCUCACUUAGUUUCUAUCAGGCCCCCAAAACCUGAGCUUUUCCUCUAAUUCACUCCCUUCUGAUCCUGUCCCCUCCUGGUCACCCAAAUAAAAGCUCAGUAUCUUCAACUCUGCUACCUCCAGCUCCACUGCCUGUCUUUUUGUUAUCAGCUUUCACUGUUACUGCUAUCCUCCUGUCAUAAAUCUACUCACUCCACCUUCCCUGCACUCUCUUCUUCUCCUCUCUUGUGCACUCUUUUGCUUUGGAUGAUUUAAACUCAUCUAUGUUCAAAACUCCUUGCAUCUUCACCGAUUCACCUGUCUCCCUUUCAUAAAAAAUAGCACGACUUGAUUAAUUCUACUAACAGCUUGUGCUCCUCCUUUGUUGAUUGAAGUGCUAGUAUUAUUAAUACUAUAUAUCUAACAAGACAGCAACAGCCAAAAUGCUAAAGUCGAGGUUCAUAAGGAAUAUCUGUUCCCAACCAGCUGUUUGCAACAGUGCUUAAAAAGUACGUGCAGGAAAAUGAAAGACCUGGCAACCCUGGCUGCAGGCAGUGCUAAGAGCUUUUUCAGAGGCCAUGCUACCAUUUCCAAAUUACCCCAGUAAUAUUUUUCUACCUAUGUUCUGUUUAAAGUUUGCAUAUUGGCACAAAUUUGACAACAAAAAUGCUAAUACCGACUGAUCUGUGAUAGGCCCAGUAAAUGCUACAAAGCUUCUGACUUAGAGAUGAGUUGCAAAAGGACAAUCUCUGCAGAUAGCUGUUUUCACUGUUUCCUGGGCAUUAUGAGCUUUCAUACAGAAUACAGUAAAUAUAAAGCAUGAGGAUUUUUGGUUGCUGGGGUGACCACUGAAUGAAGACGGCAUGAAGGUUUGUGAGGAAGUAGAUUUUAUAUAGUUAGUCAUUCACACUUAAUAGCUGAUGUGUAACCGGUAUAAGGCUUCAAACCAGGGCUUUUUCUAACACCUAGCAGUCUUACCAAACUAUAAAGCUAACCUGCAACAUAUUGCACCUUUUUCACAAUAUACAAUAACUAUGCCUUUUUUCUUGGUAACCUCCUAUAUGUAAACCUUUGUUAUAAUGAAUGUUAUUACGGUUAUAUAUUUUAUACACAGCUCUUUAGCGUCGUGGAGGACAAAUAGACACAGCUAACACCGGAGGGAUCGUAAACUAGUGUUUAAGGCUCAUGUGUGUUUUUAGGAAGAGGAAAAAAAACACUGUGGAUAAUGGAUUUUGUGUGCAACCCAGAAAACAGUUAGUGAACAAACUGUGGUGCGUUUGAGGUCGGCGCUCGUGUCAUUUUGAAUGAUCCAAGCGCAAUGAGAGAACACGUGUUAGCAAUGCCAAACCAGAGCCUGUUAUAUUCUACCAAGGUUCAUGGGGUUUCUGUACUGUAAUGACUUACCUAUUGCACUUAAAAUGUCUGACGCCUCAUCUUUUCAUAUUUAGGAUGGCUAACAUUAAAACUGUACUUGUAUUUUGAUUUUUGUGUGAAUUUUUAUUUUUUUCUUGUUUUUCUUUCUUUUUUUUUUUACUUUUCAGUGCCGAUAUGUGAAUGUUGAUAACAUACUGUCAGAAUAAAUUUAUUUAAUUUGCUUUACUUUUAUUAUCCAGUUGAAACUUGUGCAUUAUUACUUCAUAAGACAUUUGCAUUAAUGUUUAGUCUAAUCUGGUAUUAGUUCCUAUUAUUACUGAACUAAGACUUACUUU